CGUUCUUCGAUAACCUGCUGUGUUUUUUUUCCAGUACCGAAAACAAAAUCAAAAUUUUCAUAACAAUGUUGAGAUUUUAGAAAUUCGACAAAAUUUUGAAACACAUGUACCCGCUGAACCUGAGCGAACGCCAAAAACAAGCCGCCGCAGAAGUGGAAGAAUCCGGGCCCUCUCCCAAAUUCUUCGAGUCGUUGCAUAAAUCCCGCAGCUGCAGCUGCCCCUUCGAGAAAAAAUAAACACCACCGUUCUGGGCGAACUUUGGAUGCGACGUGAUGGGCUUGCUGGUGCAAGUGUUUAUGUGGAAUCAGCGGUGGCGCAUACUGCCCCGGUGUGAGUUGCUUCUGCGGCGGAACAUUAAGAAGCAAGCGGCGUAUCCAACCAAACUUGCUGAGGUGGGCCGUCUUAUUGAGGCCAGGGAAGAACGCUACGAGACUGGCCAACUCUUUCUCCAUCGCAUCUUUGGUUAUCGCGGCGUCAUUCUGUUUCCAUGGACAGCCCGUGUCUACGACCGCGACUUACACAAUCCCAGCAAAAUCGGUUCUGCGACGUCCGUAAACAAUACCUCCCAGCAACGUACCAAAGAGAACUCCUUGCAUGUCAAGGCCAGCACCGGGACGCCGCCAGCAAUAAACUCCGCUCAGGGAGGGGAGGGGACCACCGCGGCAAGUUAUCAGACAGACUCCACCCGAGAACCGGAGAGUAGCGUUGGCACGGCACAGGUGGAUCCCAAAGAAGUCAAAGGCAGAGUACAAACCUUUUAUCAGGUGCUCAUCGAUACUCGCGACUGCCCGCACAUCCGGGCUCAGACCGAGGCGGUGACUUUCUUGGGCAACCAGGACUCAAACCGAAGUCUAUAUGCCAUACCUGGAUUGGAUUAUGUUGCGCAUGAGGACAUCAUGCCAUACAGUUCUAGCGAGAAGAGUCCUCUGCAGCACGAGCUGUUCGAUAAGUUCCUGACCCACGCCCCAGAGGCGGAUCCUCCGUUUGUUGGUCAGGACACCCUUAAGGCGUGGCAAGAGAAGAACCAUCCUUGGUUGGAUAUGAGUGAUGUACAUAAGGAAACGACGGAGAACGUGCGGAUUACCGUCAUUCCUUUCUAUAUGGGUUGUCGCGAAACGCCUGCCAGUUCAGUUUAUUGGUGGCGCUACUGCAUCCGGCUGGAGAAUCUAGGUGAGCUAAGCGUUCAGCUGCGCGAACGUCAUUGGCGUAUAUUCUCCCUUUCCGGAACGCUGGAGACAGUCCGUGGAAGGGGAGUGGUGGGCCAGGAGCCCAUUCUGAGCCCACGGUUGCCAGCGUUCCAAUACAGCAGCCAUGUGAGUCUGCAGGCGCCCAGCGGCCAUAUGUGGGGCACCUUUCGGCUAGAGCGUGAGGAUGGGUACUCCUUUGACUGCAAAAUUCCGCCCUUUUCGUUGGAGAGCAAACCAGAGGACGUUUCGCCAGCUCCAACCGCACCCACCGCGCACCACGAUUCCGAUUCGAACAAGAAGCGCGAUGACAGCGACUAGGAGGGAAUUAAGCCGUAGUUAAAUGAUUUUAAAAUUCAAACUUCUCUGACAAAGCGUGACAUGUGUUUAGUGCAAAUUACAAUAAUCAACAAGGA